CUCUACUUAAGUGGUAGUGGGGUUGAACCCCUUUGCCACCGGCGCCCGGGGAAUCAGCAGGACUCUCAGAGGCCAGAGCGCGGUCCAGAAGCACGAGGGUGCUUGAUUUUGUUUUAAUUGCUAAGCCACAAAGACUGCAGCCAUGUCUCUGGAAGACAUCCACAUGAAUACCAAGGAUUUGCUUGAAAAAAAACAAUUAGAUGCUGGAGGAUUUGGAACAAUUUCUUUAUGCUUUCACAAGAAACAUGGAUAUGUAGUAUUAAAAAAAGUGUAUACAGGACCACAGCGCACUGAGUACAAUGUUUCCCUUCUCGAAGAAGGCAAGAUUAUGCGCAGACUGCAGCAUGACCGUGUGGUAAAGCUACUCGGUGUCAUUUUGGAAGAUGGAAACUAUUCACUUGUGAUGGAGUAUGUGGACCGGGGGAACAUGAUGAAAGUGCUACAGAAUCUCUCGCUACCUUUGUCAGUGAGAGGGCGUUUCGUGCUGGAGAUCACAGAAGGAAUGCUUUAUCUGCAUGAGCAAGGCUUUGUGCACAAAGACCUAAAACCAGAAAACAUCCUUGUGGACAGAGACUUCCACAUUAAGAUUGCAGAUCUCGGUGUUGCCUCCUUUAAGAGCUGGAGUAGGCUGACCCAAGAAGAAACUAUUCGACAGAAGCAAAUGAAGAGCACUUACCAGAACAAUGCUGGGACUCUUUUCUACAUGGCCCCAGAGCAUUUACGCUCUGUUAAUACUAAACCAGUAGAGAAAUCAGAUGUUUACAGCUUUGGCAUUGUGAUCUGGGCAAUUUUUGCUAACAAAGAGCCAUACGAAAAUGGUAUAAAUGAAACCCAGAUUUGCUUUGGCAUCAUUCAUGGAAACAGACCAGAAAUAAAGGAGAUCACUGAUAAAUGUCCAGUGGAAAUUAUUGACUUAAUGAAGCAAUGCUGGGAUGAAGAUUCAAAGAAACGUCCAACCUUUGCAGAAAUCAGUGAAAGAUACAAGCCAUUUUACUAUCAAAAUCUAGGAAAAAAUAUUGAAGAAGAUCUGAAGAAUUUAAAAAAAAUGUGGCCCGAGUCAAAUGAACUGCUGCCUAGCAUGGAAUCCCUUCAAAUAGAUGCUGUACCAGAAGAUACCAGCAAUGGUCAAGUAGAUCAGCCUAAUUCUCUACACAGCUCUCAAGGUCCCAUGGCCAGUGAGGAUAAUGAAGCCCUGCUUGCUGCCUCCCCUGUGAACCAGCCCAUUGAGAGCUGUGAGAUUUCAUGUGCAUCUCUUGAUCAUCUGGAAAGAAAACUUGAGCACGAAUACAACUACCACGCGUUUGGGAGCCGGAUGGAUAAAGCAGCUCCACCUUCAGCAGAACACUUUUCAGUAGUAUUGAGCCCUGGAAUCAUAGAGGAAAGGAAACUGAAAGUUUUUUCUGAUCCGUUUGCAAAGCCUUCUCCUACUUCUCAACGGAGUGAACUGUAUCCAAGAGCUGAAAAAGCAGGAUCAAACACUAAACCAUAUUUCCCGGCAAACAUUGAUCCAAAUUUCUGGUCACAGACAGCUGCAACAACACCAAAAUGGGGAAAUGCAGAUACUCUUUACAGGCCCAAUCCCAGUAGCCUUCCAGUAGGAAGCCCUGCAGAUGCCUAUGGAUUGUCCUCAGCUGGUAACUUUAGCCUAAGUAAAUCUCCUGUGCCAGAAUCUGGACAAAACUCACAGCCACAGUCAAACAUCAACUGGUAUUCAAACAAUCCAGACACAGAUACAGGUUACAGGGAUUCCACUUCUUUUACAAGGGGAACAUUUGCAUACUGUCCUAGUACAUCCAGAGUAAACCCAGACAAUUCAAUCAAGUACACCAUAAGUAACAGCUCUGGAAUACAAAUUGGAUCCUACAAUCACAUGAAGAUUGAAGAGCAGAAUCCAUAUGUUGGCACUUGUCCUGAUGCUAUGGAAGAAAUUUACACACAUUAUGAAGCAAGGGGUGUAUUUGACAAUACCACAGUCCUGACAGAAAAACAUUUGAAUCUAGUGAGAGAAAAGCUGGCUAAGCAGUGGAAGCACUGUGCUCGGAAACUGGGCUUCAGUGAUCCCGAUAUUGAUGAAAUUGAUCAUGACUACGAACGAGAUGGACUAAAAGAAAAAGUUUACCAAAUGUUGCACAAGUGGGAAAUGAGGGAAGGCUCCAAAGGUGCUACAGUUGGAAAACUUGCCAAGGCCCUCUUUGGCUGCCAAAGACUGGAUCUUCUUAAAAGUUUGAUGCAAAUCCAAGAAGAAUAAAUUUACUGAGAACAGACUUUCUAUAGCUCUCCUUUUUGCACAGACUUUUUGGAACAUACUUUUUUCAUGAACCAGUUUUCAGUGAUUGUUUCCAAUUCAUAAAGUUCACAUCACAAUAUCUGGUCUUCCAAAGGAUAAAAGGAAACUAGCAUCUUCCUUCCAAAUAGAACAAUUGUCCAAAGAUAACAACAACAAAUGCAAGACAAAUAUCAAGUCAAGGAGAAUGUGUUGCACAAAAUCUCUACAUUCUAAUCUUGAAACGUUAGUAGUCUUGUUCAGUUCUGAAGAUUGACCUACUGCUUGAAAAACUUGUAUAGAAACCAAAAUCAACUCUUACAUUUUGCCAGAAGUGCCAAUACUUACCAUGCCAGUAUUUGACUGGUCUAAGUUAAUAAUAUAUUUCAAAUCUUUUUAUAAUUUUUAUUAAAUAUAGAUGCCUAUAAUUAUGCAGAACAGCAGCAUAAAUAAAAGAUAAACCUAUUUCUGGCUUUAAAAGUCUGUAGUUGAUAUAGUUAUAAUAUUGAAUAAGAUUUUUACAUUGUUUGGUAGAAAAGAUUUUACAGGGUAAGAGUCUCAUCUGCUUUAUGAAAUAAGGAAAAAAUAAGUUCAAUCAGUAUGCAAUCAAAAUUUAAAAUGCAAGAAUACAAGAGUUGUGAGAGAGGAAAGGUGCUUUAUUAUCUCUUGGCUGAAGACCCAUUCUGACUCUGAGGGCUCAGUGUCACUUCGUUCUGAAUUUCCCAGGCUGUAU